AUGUUCCUCGUUCUGCUCCUGGGGCUCUACGUGGCCACAGGUGAUCUUGCCUCCCCAGUGAGCUCCUGCCCGUCGCAGUGCAGCUGUUUUUACCACAACCUGAGUGAUGGAUCAAAGGCCAGGAGCGUGAUUUGCAAUGAUCCCGAGAUAUCUCUUGUGCCUGUCGGGUUUCCUGUUGACACGUCCAAGCUGCGGAUUGAGAAGACGGCCAUCCAGCGGAUACCAAGCGAAGCCUUCAACUACCUCUCCAGUCUGGAAUUCCUGUGGAUGUCUUUCAACACCCUGUCCGCCUUGAACCCGGACAGUUUCCGGGGAUUGUUCAACCUGGAAGAGCUUCGUCUGGACGGGAAUGCCCUCACCGCCUUUCCCUGGGAAUCUCUCAUGGAUAUGCCCAGCCUCAGACUUCUCGAUUUGCACAACAACCAGCUCACCUCGCUGCCCGCGGAGGCCACCACUUAUAUCAAGAACCUCACCUACCUGGAUCUGUCCAGCAACAACCUGCUGACCCUGCCGGCAGAGGUGCUGGCCACUUGGCUGGCGGUAAAACCAGCGCAAGGGCCAGAGAGCUCCAAAAUGAUACUUGGUCUCCAUGACAACCCCUGGGUGUGUGACUGUCGGCUCUACGACCUGGUUCAGUUCCAGAAAUCUCCAACUCUGUCAGUAGCGUUCAUUGACACAAGGCUCCGGUGUUCGGCUCCGGAGAGUGUAUCAGGGGUUUUGUUCAGCGACGCAGAGUUGCGGCGCUGUCAGCUCCCACGUAUCCACACCGCUGUGGCAAGAGUCCGGAGCGCUGUUGGAAACAAUGUGCUGCUCCGUUGUGGGACCAUUGGAGUCCCCAUUCCAGACCUGACAUGGCGCAGGGCAGAUGGACGAGUCCUCAAUGGAACAGUCCAGCAGGAAACCUCAAAGGAGGGAAUCACCUGGUCCAUCCUCAGUGUACCAGCUGUGUCCUAUCGUGAUUCAGGGAAAUACAUCUGCAAGGCCACCAACUACGCAGGGAAUGCUGAGGCUGUCAUUUCUCUCAUUGUCUCUAACUCACCAAAACCAGAGGGGAACCAAACCAGCAAUGACAAGAAAACCAAAGCCAAGAAACCCAACCAGAUGGGCAAAGCUGCCUACCAGGAGAAACUGGUGGCCAGAUAUGUGGUUCCAACCUCCUCCCCUUCAUCCCUGGAUCCUGGCCUUCCCCCUGGGGUUGGUCCUGAUCCUGGACUAGCCAGUUACAGCCUUGCUGACAGAGCGACACCGGGGCCUGCCACCUCCUCCAACCCAGAUGUGCUACUGGAUCUGGAGAAGACAAAUCUAAGCAACUUGGCGGCCAACACCUCGUCACUGCAGCAGGACCCGGACAGGGUGGUCCGCUCAGUAAAGGUAGUGGGGGACACAGACAAUACAAUUUCUCUGAACUGGAGAGCCCCUAAAGCCAAGAACACAACAGCAUUUAGUGUGCUGUACGCUGUGUUCGGAGAGAGGGACAUGAGGAAGAUCAACGUUGGGGCGGGACAGAACCGUGUAACCAUCGAUGGGCUGGUGCCCAGGACCAAGUACAUUGCCUGUGUGUGUGUGAGGGGGCUGAUCCCCAAGAAGGAGCAGUGUGUCAUAUUUUCCACAGAUGAAGCAGCCAGUGCCACUGGCACCCAGAAGCUGAUCAAUGUAAUUGUGAUCACAGUGGCUUGUAUCAUUGCGGUCCCGCUCACCGUCAUUGUGUGCUGUGGAGCGCUGAAGAGACGCAUUCAGAAGUACUGGGGAAAGAAAUCCAAGGACAUCCAAGAUUCAUAUGUGACCUUUGAAACACUGUCGCCUGGCACGAAGGCCAAAGGGCUCGAGGGCGAGUAUUUGAACAGACUGAACCCGGAGGAGUCCAACAGGCUGCUGUCAGCCCGCUCCAGCCUGGACUCUGAGGCCACAGCUAAAAUAGAGGGGCAACCUAACGAGUACUUCUGCUGA